AUGGCUGAUAGCAAGGUAACUGUGUCGAUUCUACCCGGCAACGUCGUGGGACUCAAGAGUGCUCUGCCGAACGGGACCGAUUGGUACAUGUUUAAGGGUAUUCCGUACGCAGAACCACCGGUCGGACAGCUUCGCUUUCAACCACCGGUGGCCCUAACAAGACUGCCGGCCAAUCCGCUAGAAUGUUUCACCGAUGGUCCCAGUUCCUACUCGGAUGAUGUGCGCUUCAAGCGAAUGUCCGAAGAUUGUCUCUAUCUAAACGUGUACAGCCCUCAGUUGCAUCCCAAAACUCCGCUCCCGGUCAUGUUGUGGAUACACGGCGGUGGGUUCUUUACCGGUACCGGUGAUUCGACACUGUACGAACCGCCUUAUCUCGUCCAGCAGGGUGCUGUCGUCGUGUGCAUCAAUUACCGGCUUGGACCGCUCGGGUUUCUUUCACUUCCAUCGGCCGGCAUCGAAGGCAACAUGGGUCUCAAAGAUCAACGAAUGAGCCUGCGCUGGGUGCAGGAAAACAUUGAUCGAUUCGGUGGCGAUCCGAACAAUGUGACGAUAUUCGGCGAGAGUGCCGGUGGCGCUUCAGUACAUCUGCACUAUCUUAGCGAAGCAUCCCGGCAAUACUUCCACAAAGCAAUCGCCCAGAGUGGAACGGCGUUCAACGAGUGGGUAUGGCAGCGUCAUGCUGACGAACGGGCGCGGAAGCUGGCCCGUCUGCUCGGCGCACGGGAUGAUUCGGAUGAAGCGGUACUGGAAACGCUCAUGGGCGCAUCCGCUGAAACGAUGACUGCCUUUCAAAACCAGAGCAUGAAUGAUCGGGAUCAGACAAUGCUGGUACUGUUCCCCUUCACACCCGUCAUAGAACGGGUUGACAGUGCGGAUGCUAUCAUCACGGAACAUCCGUCGCGAGCUAUCGAAAAAGUGUUUCGCAAGGAUAUUCCACUUAUGUUGGGAAGUACCAACGAUGAAUGUUUAAUACUGUGGACAAUACUUACCGAAAAGCUGUCCCUGUUUGAAAGCGAUCCAACCAGACUUAUACCAGCCACGCUGGACGUACGAAGCGAGGAAGAUAAACGGUAUGCCCGCGAAGCGAUUGAGAAGUUUUUCUUUCCUGACCUUCCGAUUUCGGUGGAUACGAUACGUAACAUUACUACGGUGUUAGGCGACAAUUUUAAUACCUUCCCAGGCUAUGUAGCAACGGAGCUGCACGCGCGCUUCCAGCGCGCUCCUCUGUAUAUGUACAUCUUCUCACACAUGGGAGACCUCAACAAAUUACGUGAAGAAAUGAAAGUCCCGCCAGAUCAGAUCGGGGCCUGCCAUGCUGACGACUUGUACUAUCUGUUUAGCUCAUCCCUCUACAACACGGACGCGGUAGAAGAUCAUACCGAGACGGGACGGUUCCGAGAAUAUUUCUGCAACCUAUGGGUUAACUUUGCACGGUUCGGAAAUCCACAUGCAACGAUCGUCGACUGGACAUCGGUAGAACGUGUAGCGGACGAAUCGGUGAGCUUCUUUCCAGCGGCAAUGAACCUGAAGGACAUUGGCGAUUGUAAAAUGACGGACGACUUCUUCCGCGAACGGUUCCAAUUCUGGAAGGAACUCUAUCACAAGUUUAAUGGAUCACAUCUGUUGCCGAAAGUGGAGUAA